CUCUCGUCCGCUCCGCUGAGGCAGGCGGGCACGCCCCGUCUGCUUGUCGUCUAGCGUCGAAAAGUUUACUAAAUUUUGCAGCACUCUGCUGAUUCCUGCGGGCUCUUGAACAUGGGCAAGUGUGGCCUCGUCGCACUUGUUGUAGCGGCGGUAUCUGUGCUACUUGGGGAGAGGAUAGUCAAUUUAAGGAAGAGGACCUUUGCUUCACGAGAGCUGGUCAACAAUCACCUCCCCAAUUGUGUUCCACUGAAGAAUCUGAAUGACGGUUCAGAGGACAUCACUGUCUUUGGGGAUGGACUCGCUUUUGUUAGCAAUGGUCUAAAGUACCCCGGAAUUUGCUCUUCCGAUGCUCCAGGGAAGAUCUUCCUCCUCGAUCUGAAAGAGUCUCGGGUGAGGCCAAUUGAGCUGCGCGUGGCGAGAAACUUUGACCUGGAGACGUUCAACCCUCACGGCAUCAGCGUCUACACAGACCCAAAUGAUGACACGGUGUACCUUUUUGUUGUUAGUCAUCCUCACCACAAAAGCCAAGUGGAGUUGUUUAAAUUUGUCGAGGAGGAAUUGUCGCUGAUGCAUCUGAAGACCUUCAAACAUGAACUUCUUAACAGUGUCAAUGAUAUACUGGCUUUGGGAGUGGAUCGUUUCUAUGCCACCAACGAUCACUAUUUUUCAAAUGAACUCCUCAAAAUGAUUGUGGAGCCUGUCAUGUGUCAACCUUGGACUAAUGUUGUGUAUUACAGUCCGGAGACAGUCAAAGUUGUCUCUGAGGGGUAUUACUUUGCAAAUGGCAUCAACAUCUCUCCGGACAAAAGGUAUGUAUAUGUGAUGGAUUUACUUGACCAUAAAGUACAUGUGUUAGAAAUGAAGGAAGACCACGCAUUGGACUUUGUCAAGGCCGUGGAUGUGGGUUCACUCUGUGACAACAUCGAAGUCGACCCCAAAACAGGUGACCUGUGGUUAGGCUGCCACCCCAACGGAUGGAAAGUUUUCAACAAUGACCUGAAAGAUCCACCUGGAUCAGAGGUCAUCUACAUUAAGAACAUUAAUUCGGAAGAGCCACUGGUGACGCAGGUGUUUGCCGAUGAUGGUCACAAGAUUAUCGGCUCCUCUGUCGCUACGACGUAUGGAGGGAAACUGCUCAUUGGAUCAAUAUUUCAUAAGGCUUUAUGGUGUGAUUUGGACUAGGCCUUGAUGUGUACAUUUCACAAAACCGCUGGAAACACUAAUGGAAAGUAAAGCAAGUCUUUGGCACUGUUCUUCCCCCAAUACUGCACUUAUGUCUCUCUUUGUAAAUCUGCAUUGGAGCCCAGUAAGGCAACAUUACUGUACAUUCAUUUUUAGUGUUGGUAACAAUUACACGUGAAUAAACUUUUUGCUGUGCGUUUGGCGACGAGUCCAUCUCGCCCAACUUCUACUUGGAUGGAUUUCAUUUUAUGCACCCGCAAAUGCUAUAGAAACUUGGGUCUAUUUUUCCGAUAGAUUAAUAAGCCUGCACGAUAUUGUGCAUUCAAACACUAAACGUGUAUUUGUUCAUAUUUUGUGUCGUAAAAUCAGAACGUGCAGAAAUAAAAGUUUUGAAACAAAA